AUGGAAACAGUUCUUGGUCGUGGUUAUUCAAUAAAUGAAGAAUUUGGUUUAACAGAUUUCUAUUCACCACCAUCAAGUAUUAUUGAUCAAAAUGAAGAACAAGACGAUGAUUUGUUCUAUGCUGAAGAAGAAACUAAUGAAAUUCAAUUGACUGAUAAUAUAAUCCUUUCGUCUUCAUCCGUUAACGAAAGUAAUGACACAGAUUCCAAAGAUUGGUUCAAACCAUUACCAUUAAAAUUAAUGUCUAUUGAAACAACACCACCGCCAACACCUCUUAUGCCACGACGUCUACUCGAUCCGAUUAAUAGUACAACAGGAGCUUUUCAAAGUAUGACAAUCAAUACUAAUCUACCAAUAACACCAUCUAAAGUUACGGAUUUAAAAAUACCAAAUUGGUCCUUGAGUACGCCUUCAAUUAAUCCAUUAAUACCAUGUACUAAAACUAAUACACCUAAAACAACAACAAAUCUAUUAACACCAACAAAUAUAGAUCGUUACCUUAUUGAACACCGUCAUCUAUCAGAUUCAAUCUAUAAAUCAUCAACAAAACUAGGUACAGCAACGAAUACACAUCAAUCAAUAUCUGUUCAACAUACUGAAGUCAAUAAUGAAACAAGUCGCUUGUAUUCCUAUAUGGAUCAAGUCGAUGCAUUAGCAUCAAAUCUUCGAACAGUUUGUGCAACAUCUUCGAAUUCUUGGUCAACAUUUGAUGAUUCACUUUCAACACCAUCUCAAAUAUCUAUUAAUAAGAGUUUAUAUGUACCUCAAAUUAAUAUGAAAUCUCCACCUUGUUUAAACAAUUCUUUAGUUCCUCAACGAAUUAAUUCAUUUUUCCCGAAUUCUAAUAGUCCAUUUAGUCAUUCAUCAACUUUUCAACAUCAACAUCAACAAUAUCAAUCUCAUGAUCCAUGGUUUUUAUCUGAAAUGUCAACGAUUGUACGUCAAAAUCAACAAAAUACAAAUAUAUUAUUGAGUACAACAGCGCAACAAAUUCUUGCUGCAAAUACAGCGAAUAAUAAUCGUCCGCUCCGUUCAGAAAAAAUAGAUAUUGAAGUAAUUAAACAUCUUAUGCGCGAAGCUAAUUGGAAACGACAAUGUGGAAUGAAAAAAGAGGUUUGCGUUUUUUGUCGAAAUAAUGGUGAAAAUGAACUAAUCUAUUCAAGUCAUUCAUUAAAAGAUUCAGUCGGUAAUGUAACAUGUCCUAUUUUAGGUGCUUAUCAAUGUCCUAUUUGUGGAGCAACUGGUGCACAAGCUCAUACAAUAAAAUAUUGUCAAGCAACUGGUGAUGAUAAUAAUCGACAUGUACCUACACCGUACGAGAAAAUGCUUCGUAUGCAAGCAAUUGGAUUCGAUGAUAAUAUGGCACCAUCAAUGCCAGGACUUCUUCAUCCCAUAGGCAGUCCUUCGUCUCUUUAUAGAAAUGGUUGGUCUGAUAGUUAUUUAUGA